UCUCUGAGUUUCAUUUUUGUUGUGUCUGUCGCUCCCUACGGGUUUGUACUCCGUGAGAACUGAUACUACUUGGAUAUUAAAUUCAAGGGAAAAAAUCUUUAGAGCUGGUUUUGUUUUUAAAGCUUAAAUUAAGAUACUUGAGAGGAGAAUUGUUGCUUAAUGAUAUCUUCAACAUCUAGAUGCAUUCAGAUUUUCUUGUUUUAUUAUAUAGAAAGUGGUACAACAUCGAAUCUUUGUGUUAUAUUAGUCAAAUGAUUCGAAUGUGGGUCUGGAUUUUUGGUCCUUUAUUGAUGUCUGGAUGUUGGUGGUAUGCAUCAGAUUCUGGCUGUACAUUUAUAUUUCAUGAUCAGUCUGUUGUUGCUUUAUAAAUUGUUAGCAGGACAUGGCUGGUGAUUAUGUCUGUACUGUGGAUUCGGUAACAAAUAGUAACCGAAGGUGUAAACAGAUCAGACGAGUCCAACUAAACACUGUUUAAUAAUUAAUGCUUGGUGGCACCUGCUUUGAAAGAGUAAUUCCAUUUCCUAUUGUUCUGAGGGUUUGCUUAGGGGGACAUUUCAAACCUAUAUUUAUAUUUGAAACUACACUGUAUUGCCAAAAGUUUUGGGACGUCUACCUUUACAUGCACAUGAAUGUAAUAUGGAGUUGUCCCGCCCUUUGCAGCUAUAACAGCUUCAACUCUUCUGGGAAGGCUUUCCACAAGGUUUAGGAGUGUGUUUCUGGCAAUUUUUGACCAUUCCUCUCUAGAAGCACAUUUGUGAGGUCAGGCACUGAUGUUGGACGAGGAGGCCUGACUCGCAGUCUCCACUCUUAAUUCAUCCCAAAGGUGUUCUAUGGGGUUGAGGUCAGGACUCUGUGCAGGCCAGUCGAGUUCCUCCACACCAAACUCACUCAUCCAUGUCUUUAUGGACCUUGCUUUGUUCACCGAUGCCCAAAGUCAUGUUGGAACAGGAAGGGGUCCCCAAACUGUUCCCAUAAAGUUUGGAAAUUUUCCAAAACAACACCUGAAUCCAAUGAUUUGGAGGGGUGUCCCAAAACUUUUGGCAAUAUCAGUAGCUACUAUAGAGUAGCUGAAUGUGCUUGAAAACAUGCUGUUCUCAUUUUAAAGGGGUAAAUGUGAAGGAAUCGGAGCAUAGUGCCACACUGUAAUGUGAGACUGUUUAUAUUUUAAGAAACUCUCCAGCAGGAUUCCUGUUAAAGCAUUUUAGAGGUUAGGUCUUGGCAUUAUGUGAUCAUCAGCAGAAUUUUGCUAAAUUCAAAUCAAUACUGAGUCAUUACUGUGUCCCAAUUUUAUUGUUAAUAGGAUGAUGUGAUUUGUUUACUUCACUUAAAACCUCACGUUUUACUUGGUUAAGCAUAGACAGUUUUGGUAUUUGAGAUAACAUUUUGCAUGUUAAAUGGUUGAGUGAAGAUUUUAUUUUAUUUUAUUUUUUAUUUAAAACAGUGCAUUUGUAAGGCUAGACAGCAGAGCACCCUGCAGUUCAUAGCUUCUUAAUGAUUAGCCAUAGACUUAUGGUAAUUAUUUUACACCCCCCGGGUUUUGGCAUUCCACAGCAAUGGCUAAGGUUAACGUGCCUCUGUCUGUUAGACAUUCAGGCAAGUGUAGGCAACGUCCGAUACAUUCCAAAUUGCAGACUGAAAUGAUUUUAAUAUCAGUGUAAUUACCUGCCCAAGAGAAACGAUGAUGCCACGCAUAUAAAUGUGAGUAGAUGAUUGGUAUGAUUAGUGUGUAGCAAUGCGCUGAGGUGGUAUAUGGCGGGAUUAUAACUGUACUAAUGAGGACAGGUUUAUUGGCUGAUUGACGAACCUUGUUUGUGCUGUAUAAGAAUGACAGUGCAUGCAGACAAUGGCGGAGAGAUGGCUGUGGACGUUAGUGCCAUGGAGAGGAGGCUGGAACCCGCGCUCCAAAGCUGGACAAGAGGAGGAACGCCACGUUCGAGCCAAUGACCGUGACUACAAUGAGAAGUUCAGUUACGCUGACAAUCACAUCAAGACAGCAAAGUACACCUUCUAUACCUUUCUACCUAUUAAUUUGUUUGAGCAGUUUCAGCGGUUUGCCAACGCGUACUUCUUUGUUCUGCUUAUUCUACAGCUAAUCCCCGAGAUCUCCUCUCUGUCCUGGUUCACCACUAUUGUGCCUUUGGUGUUGGUACUGACUAUCACCGCUGUAAAAGAUGCUACUGAUGACUAUUUCCGCCAUAAAAGUGAUCAACAAGUCAACACACGCCAGUCUCAGGUACUCAUCAAGGGAAAGCUACAGAAUGAGAAAUGGAUGAAUGUUAGAGUCGGAGACAUUAUAAAACUCGAGAACAACCAGUUUGUUGCCGCUGAUCUGCUCCUGCUCUCCAGCAGUGAGCCCUAUGGGCUGUGCUAUAUCGAGACAGCAGAGUUAGAUGGAGAGACGAACCUGAAGGUGCGCCAAGCUCUGACUGUAACCUCAGACCUCGGCGCGGACGUUGCCAAGCUUGCAGAGUUUGAUGGAGAAGUUAUAUGUGAGCCUCCUAAUAAUAAACUGGAUAGAUUCACUGGGACUCUGUACUGGAAAGACAAUAAGUAUCCCCUGGACAAUGAGAAAAUGUUGCUGAGAGGGUGUAUGCUCAGGAACACAGAGUGGUGCUUUGGCCUGGUCAUCUUUGCUGGACUCCAAACCAAGCUGAUGCAGAACUGUGGGAGGACAAAAUUCAAAAGAACCAGCAUUGACAAGUUGAUGAACACUUUAGUACUGUGGAUCUUCGGAUUUCUUAUCUGUAUGGGGAUCAUUCUGGCUAUAGGCAACACCAUCUGGGAGGAAAAAGUCGGGAAAAACUUCUGGACAUACCUGCUUUGGGAUGAGCUACUAAGCAGUGCUGUCUUUUCUGGAUUCCUCACUUUCUGGUCUUACAUUAUCAUCCUCAACACUGUAGUUCCCAUUUCUCUUUACGUCAGUGUUGAGGUACUACGUCUAGGCCACAGUUAUUUCAUCAACUGGGACCGUAAGAUGUACUACAGUUCUAAGGACACUCCGGCCGAAGCAAGAACCACCACCCUGAACGAGGAGCUGGGCCAAGUGGAGUUCAUCUUCUCAGAUAAAACAGGGACCCUCACUCAAAACAUAAUGGUUUUCAAUAAAUGUUCCAUCAAUGGCAAGACAUACGGCGAUGUAUAUGAUGAGUUUGGACACAAAGUGGAUAUCACAGAGAAAACACCAUAUGUGGAUUUCUCCUUCAACCCUCUAAUGGACAGGAAGUUUCGUUUCUAUGACAGCAGCCUAGUGGAAGCCAUUAAACUGGAGGAGCCAUUGGUGCAGGAAUUUUUCAGGUUGUUAGCUCUGUGCCAUACAGUUAUGCCUGAAGAGAGGAGUGAAGGGGAACUUGUGUAUCAGGCUCAAUCACCAGAUGAAGGAGCCUUGGUUACCGCAGCUCGCAAUUUUGGCUUUGUAUUUCGAGCCAGAACACCAGAGACCAUUACCCUGUAUGAGAUGGGUCAGCCUGUCACCUACCAGCUUCUGGCUAUACUGGAUUUUAACAAUGUCCGAAAGAGAAUGAGUGUUAUUGUGAGAAAUCCAAAGGGGCAUUUGAAGCUUUACUCUAAAGGAGCUGACACAAUCAUUUUUGACAGGCUAGACCCGUGCAAUGAGGACCUUAUGUACACUACCUCAGAACACCUUAACGAGUUUGCUGGUGAAGGUUUAAGGACGUUAGCUCUGGCCUAUAAGGAUUUGGAUGAGAACAUAUUUGAUGAGUGGAUGAAGAAGCUGCUAUUUGCCAGCACAGCACUGGAGAACAGAGAAGAGAGACUCGGGGCUCUCUACGAGGAGAUAGAACAGGGUCUGAUGCUCCUUGGAGCUACAGCCAUAGAAGAUAAAUUACAAGAAGGAGUGCCAGAAACUAUUAGCUGCUUGACCCUGGCCAAUAUAAAGAUCUGGGUUCUCACUGGGGACAAACUAGAGACAGCGAUGAAUAUCGGCUACUCUUGUAACAUGUUGAGAGAUGAUAUGAACGAAGUGUUCAUAAUCUCAGGUCACACCACGCUUGAGGUUCAACAGGAGCUGAGAAAUGCCAAAGAGAGAAUUAUGGGCCCUAACAAAGAGAGGUUCACCAGUGGCCAGGAUGAGAGCAAGAGUGAUAUAUACGCCAGUGACUCCGUGUUUGAGGAAACCAUUAUUGCUGAAUAUGCACUUAUCAUUAAUGGACACAGCUUGGCGCAUGCACUGGAGGCAGACCUGGAGCAGAUCCUGUUGGAAGUGGCUUGCUUAUGUAAGACUGUGAUUUGCUGUAGAGUAACUCCUCUGCAGAAAGCUCAGGUGGUGGAGCUGGUCAAGAGGCAUAAAAGAGCUGUAACCCUGGCCAUCGGGGAUGGAGCCAAUGAUGUCAGCAUGAUCAAGACGGCCCACAUUGGUGUGGGCAUCAGUGGACAGGAGGGCAUGCAGGCCGUUCUGGCCUCGGACUACUCCUUUGCCCAGUUUCGCUACCUGCAGCGCCUCCUGCUGGUCCAUGGCCGUUGGUCCUACCACCGCAUGUGCAACUUCCUCUGCUACUUCUUCUACAAGAACUUUGCUUUCACCCUGGUGCAUUUCUGGUUCGGGUUUCUGUGUGGCUUCUCCGCACAAACUGUAUAUGACCAGUGGUUCAUCACCCUGUUCAACAUAGUCUACACUUCUUUGCCUGUUCUUGCCAUGGGCUUGUUUGACCAGGACGUGAAUGAGCAGUACAGUCUGCGCUACCCUAACUUGUACCAACCCGGGCAGCUCAAUCUCUUGUUUAACAAGCGGAAGUUCUUCAUGUGCACCAUCCAGGGCGUGUACACUUCAUUCGUCCUCUUCUUUAUCCCCUAUGGGGCUUUCCUGUGGGCCGUGCGAGAUGACGGCUCCCAUAUAUCUGAUCAGCAAUCCUUUGCCGUUACUAUAGCAACCUCACUGGUCAUCGUGGUUAGUGUCCAGAUUGGUCUUGACACAAACUACUGGACUGCUGUGAACCACUUCUUUAUAGGGGGUAGUCUAGCCAUGUACUUUGCUAUACUGUUUGCAAUGAACAGUGAUGGCAUCUUCAGAAUAUUUCCAAACCAGUUUCCAUUUGUAGGCACAGCACGCAACUCCUUAAAUCAAAAAAGUGUGUGGCUUGUCAUUCUCCUUGUGACAGUGGUGUGUAUAAUGCCAGUGGUGGCCAUACGAUUCCUCAGGACAGACCUCCAACCUACACAAACUGACAAAGUGCGUUUGCUCCAGCAGGCCAGCAGGAAGCAGGGGCCUCGGGAGCAGAACCUGAGACGAGUGCGCAGGACAAGUUCCCGCCGUUCUGCCUACGCUUUCGCCCACCAGCAGGGAUAUGGAGAGCUCAUUACCUCUGGCAAGAACAUGAAGGUCCCCACUUCCUCCACUUCGGCUUUCCCUGGCUCAUCUCCACAGAGAAUCAAAAGCAGUUCCAGUUGGAUGGAGAACAUAGUGGAAAAGGAAACGGACGUGAUCCGUAAAACGACUGCUGAAGAGACUGUGUAUUCUGGAGCUACAGAGCACCUGAGACAUGGAAGCAAGCACAGUAUAGAGACACUAUACACAAUCUGAUGGACUGGCAGAUGAUACAAGAUGUAGGGCAAGCUAAAAAAAAAUCCCAGCUUAGUGAAGGUAAGGGGAUUUUUCUGUAGUUAUGUCCAAAAGCAGGGAGCAGCACCAGGUCAACUUGUAGGUACUCCAGGAAAAGAUCGUGCUAUAUACACGACUACAGAAUCUGAAUUUCAUCCCAGUGGGAAACACCCCAGGCAUGCUCAGUGCUGCACAACUAUACGGAGAGCAGCUCUGGGUGGUCAAACAGCUUGCCUAUGGUGUGGCACUUAAUGAAAAGCAGCAUUGCACAUCAGAGACUCCAAAGAGCAAGCAGAAUGAAGCACAGAUAAAACUUCCUUCCUCAACUAAUUUCCUUCUUCAUGCAAAUACACCUUGUUCUCUUGGUGCACUUCUGUCAAGUUAUGAGCCGCCAGCUCUGAUUCGGUGACUCCGGAGAACACGAUUUAGUUCUCGUUUAAUUUCCCCGACUGACCGAGACGAGCAUGCCAAUGUGAAAAUGUUGCUUCAGACAAACACCUUUUUGGAGAAUUUCUGCAAAGCUUAAUAUGCUUCCAAUAUAUUGCUGAGCAAUCGAGCUAACUGUGUGCAUAACGACAAUGCAAUUUAUCUGAGGUACUGGUAAACUACAGUCCUCUCAGGAUUUAUAUUAUUUACAAUUAGUUUCAAUGCUAUGACCAACUCGUUUCACCAGACUUCUCACAAUUAGAAAGAAAGCAUUUAAGGGCAAUGUUAUUAUUAAAGACAGGGUUUAAGGAGUUUACAUUUACUGAUACAGUAAUACCUCUACUUGAAUUGUAAUGUUUCCUUGACGACUUCUUGUAUUGCUUUGAUUUUGAUUCGUUUGUAACUUUGCUAAAUGAUUUUAAAUAUACACCAAUCAGGCAUAGCAUUCUGAGCAGUGACCGGUGAAGUGAAUAAGACUGAUUAUAACAUGAUUGAGCAAGUGAACAUUUUGUCCUCAAAGUUGAUGUGUUAGAAGCAGGAAAAAUGGGCAAGCGUAAGGAUUUGAGCGAGUUUGACCAAAAGGGCCAAAUUGUGAUGGGCGGUCAAGGCUCAUUGAUGCACGUGGGGAGUGAAGGCUGGCCCGUGUGAUCCGAUCCAACAGACGAGCUACUGUUGCUCAAAUUGCUGAAGAAGUUAAUGCUGGUUCUGAUAGAAAGGGGUCAGAAUACACAGUGCAGGACGGGUCAGGGCUGUUUUGGCAGCAAAAGGGGGACCAACACAAUAUUAGACAGGCAGUCAUAAUGUUACGCCUGGUGGGUAUACAUCAGAUGUAGUAAAGGUUUGCACAUGUAACAUGCUUCGAUCUUAAAAGAUUUUAAAGAGCAGUUGAUUGAACAUUAGUGAACCUUACUGCCCUAUGACCUUACUAUAACUGAUGAUUUGUAGUAAACCGCACAAUGUAAGUUUUAGACUAGAAAUUUAGAUUGCUUGUGAAUUAUUAUUAUUAGCAUUGUUAGAGCACAGCAUGGGCUGAUGGUCUUGGUUUUGGCAUUUUGCCGCACCACCAUUCUUAGAUAUACACCACUCUACAUGAGCAUACGCUGUUUAUUACUCGUUAUCCCACAUUGUGGUCGGCAUGCAGACCGCAAAAUUAAGGAAGAUUAAGAUUUAUAGUUCAGAGGCUACACUGCUGUGCCUUUCAUCCCCCUCCACCAACAGGUAAAGCUGUUACUGUGUACAGUAACUACACUAUAUACAGAAAGGGUGACAAAUUUGGGCAUUUGUUUCACUGUCCUUUUCCUAAAGGAAAUAUUUGUGCCUUUUUGAUUUGAAUCUCAGUCAAAGAAGUAUAUUUUUAAGUUUUGUCCAGUAUUUAUCUCUCUGCCAUCAAGGCCUUGUUUCUGUUUUUUUGUUUUUCUGCAAAUACCUGAUGUACAGAAUAUUUCAUUUAAUUAAAGAAUGUUUAUUUCACCAUUUUAGGUUACGCUGCAAUGUAUGUUUUAUUUUUUAUUUGAAAACUAUGAAAAUGAUCGGUUGUUUUGUUUAUAUGGAUGUACGGUUUGCCUCCUUUAAUUUGACAUUACGUAUGUCACGAAUGUACGAGAAAUCUCCUGCUGUGAAUUUUGGUCAAUGAAGACCAUGCAAAUUGUUUAUGGGUUUUAUUUAUAUGCAUGGAUUUUAUACAGUUCAUUCGAUUUUUUUAUAUGACACAUAAAAUGUCCAUUCUAAACUU